GGCCAGCGGCGCCUGCGCGGAGAGGCGGCUUCUCUCGCGAGGACGGACGCCAUUAUCGCAGCGCCCCGACAAACACCACGAGAAUUCCGCAGCCCACACGGUGGCAGGAGCCCCAGCCCACCCUGCGUUGGAUCCUUGCCUGGCGCCUGGCCCCUCUCCUCUGGUGCUCAUGAUGUCAGAGCAGGACCUGGCGGAUGUGGUGCAGAUCGCAGUGGGGGACCUGAGUCCUGACCACCCAGUUGUUCUAGAAAACCAUGUGGUAACGGACGAAGACGAGCCCGCUCUGAAGCGCCAGCGACUUGCCGUCAGCUGCCAGGAUCCCUCCAUAAAGUCCUUCCUGUAUUCCAUUAACCAGACAAUAUGCUUGCGACUGGAUAGCAUUGAGGCCAAGCUGCAGGCGCUGGAGGCGACCUGUAAGUCCCUGGAAGAGAAGCUGGACCUGGUCACCAACAAACAGCACAGCCCCAUCCAAGUGCCCAUGGUGGCGGGCUCCCCGCUGGGCGCAACCCAGACCUGCAACAAAGUGCGAUGCGCUGUCCCCCAGACUACAGUAAUACUCAACAGUGACCGGCAGAACGCCGUUGUAGCCAAGAUGGAAGACCCCUUGAGCAACAGGGCACCGGACCCCCUGGAAAAUGUCGUUAGCAAUGCGGUUCCUGGGCGUCGGCAGAACACCAUCGUGGUGAAGGUGCCCGGCCAAGAGGACAGCCACAAUGAGGACGGGGAGAGCGGCUCAGAGGCCAGCGACUCUGUGUCCACCUGUGGCCAGCCGGGCAGCCAGAGCAUUGGGAACAAUGUCACGCUGAUCACCUUGAACUCAGAAGAGGACUACCCCAACGGCACGUGGCUGGGCGACGAGAACAACCCUGAGAUGCGGGUGCGCUGCGCCAUCAUCCCCUCCGACAUGCUGCACAUCAGCACCAACUGCCGCACGGCCGAGAAGAUGGCCCUCACGCUGCUCGACUACCUCUUCCACCGCGAGGUGCAGGCCGUGUCGAACCUCUCAGGGCAGGGCAAGCACGGCAAGAAGCAGCUCGACCCACUCACCAUCUACGGCAUCCGAUGUCACCUGUUCUACAAGUUUGGGAUCACAGAAUCCGACUGGUACCGAAUCAAACAGAGCAUCGACUCCAAGUGCCGGACGGCUUGGCGGCGGAAGCAGCGAGGUCAGAGCCUGGCAGUCAAGAGCUUUUCACGGAGAACGCCCUCCUCUUCCUCCUACAGUGCCUCAGAGACCAUGAUGGGCUCCCCGCCAGCCGCCAGCGAGCCCUUGCAGCCGCAGCCGCAGGCCCUGCACUACACCCUGGCCAACGCACAGCAGGUGCAGAUCCACCAGAUCGGAGAGGACGGACAGGUCCAAGUAAUCCCACAGGGACACCUCCACAUUGCCCAGGUGCCGCAGGGGGAGCAGGUGCAGAUCACGCAGGACAGCGAGGGCAAUCUGCAGAUCCAUCAUGUGGGCCAGGACGGGCAGCUGCUAGAGGCCACCCGCAUCCCGUGGCUCUUGACCCCUUCUGUGAUCAAAGCCAGCGACCACCAGGUGUUGCAGGGGGCCCAGCUGAUAGCCGUGGCUUCUUCGGACCCCACUGCCACAGGAGUAGACGGGUCACCUCUCCAGGGCAGUGACAUUCAGGUGCAGUACGUCCAGCUGGCGCCUGUAAGUGACCACACAGCGGCAGCCCAGACGGCCGAGACCCUGCAGCCCGAGAUGCAGCUGGAGCACGGGGCCAUCCAGAUCCAGUGAGGCGACUGGCAGCUGUGCCCACGGCUGUGCCA